AUGGAAAUAGAUUUAAUCAACAACGAUAUGCAGGGAAUGGUUCUCAGAAUGGAGGUAACAACUUCAGGAAAUACUGAAGUUGCAAAUAAUUUUAAAUCAAUAAAGACAAAAGAAAGGAGCGGGAAAGGCAUAGAGGAGUUGAAGGUGGAGGAAAUAGACCAUUAUAAUUCGAAUAAGAGAGGAAGAGAACAAAAUAUAGAAAUUUUAGAUAAUAUCAAUAUAAGAACAAAGAAAAACAAAAAAAUAGAUAAAAAUAGAUAUAAAAAUAUACAAAAACAAAUUAAAACAGACAAAAAUAUAAAAAAACUGGCAGUUUAUAACGUACAAGGGUUAGGGAAAGAGGACAAAUAUGGUUUAUUAGUGGAUGCUUUAAAGGAAAACAAAUGGGAUAUUUUGGGUUUAUGUGAAACAAAGCUUAAAUCAGAGGCGGCAAAAUUCAGAUUUAUAGGUUUAGAUAAUUAUAUCAGUUACAGUGCAUGUAACGAAAACUCGAGCAAAGAAGGAGUGACUUUGUUAAUUAAAAAGUUGCUGGCAUAUCAUGUAACAAAUAUAGAAAGAAUAGAAGGAGUAGCAAUUAAAGUGGAUCUAGUUUUUAAAAAUAAGGUUAAAAAUUUUAGGUGUAUUUUAAUAUAUAGACCGAUUGAAAAAUUAGAAAAUGUAGUAAAAGUUCAAGAAAUUCAAGAUAAGUUAACAAAGUGGAAUGAUUGUGACUAUGAUAAAUGGGAUUUAGUAGUAAUGGGAGAUCUUAAUGAACAUUAUAAGGUAGAAGAGUUCUUAGAUAAGGGUCUUAAUAGCGUUAAAGGAAAAAAAUGCAAAAUAAUUAAUUGGUUAUUAAAAAAUAAUUUUAUUGAUUCUGAAUAUAUCAUCAAUAGUUUUAAUGUAGACAGUAAUUUUACGUGGAAGUCAGGUAAUAAUUGUAGUAGAAUUGAUUAUAUUUGGAUUAGAGAUUCUAUGGAUUUUUUAUUAGAAGAUUUUAAGGCAUUUGAAUUUGAAGAUUUUGUUGAGAGCGACCAUAGACUAAUAGAAAUAAAAUUAAAGGAUAUUAAUGAAGAAAUAAAGGAGAGAGAAGAAGUUACAUUAGAUGUAAGUGAAGUUAGUACUAUAUUGGACAGAAAUAAAGUACAAGAGAAAUGGAAAGAAUUUGCAGAAAUCAUAGAAAAUAAGUUGAAGGUUAGUAUAGCUAAUGAAUAUGAUAUGGGUAUUGAAGGCACGUGGAAAAUGAUUAAAGAUUGUUUUAUGGAAGGGGAAAAAAUAUUACCAAAAAAAGAAAUUAAGAAAAUGAGAGUUUCGGGAAAUGAUCUACUAUUACGUGAUAAAGAAUUUAAAAAGAUUUUGCAAAUUUAUCAACGAAGUAAAAAGAUCAGGACAAGAUUUAAAAAAUUAAAAAAGGUUAUAGCAAUGCAGUUGGAUGAAAUAUCACAAAUUGACAAAGUCUUAUAUGAUAAUAAUAGAAAAAUUAUUAACCACAAUAAUUUGACGAUGCAAGAGGAAUACAAGUUUAAUACAUAUAAACUGGAAGAAAUUAAUCAAGAGAAUUGGGAAAGUCUUAACAAUAAGGUUAAGAAUAUUAAAAAAGAUUUGGAAAAUAUUGGAGAAAGGAUAAAACAUAAACAGAUUAGAGAAAAAAUUAUUAAAAGACAACAAUUAGCGAUAUCGAAUCCAGGUAGUUUUAUUAGGAAAAUAUUUGAAAACAAAAAACGACAUGUUAUUGAUUUUUCUAGGUUGGUAUGUAAACAUGAAGAGGAAAUUGAUAUUAUAGUGGAUAAAGAAGAAAUCAAAAAUAAAGUGUAUGUGCAUUAUAAAGAAUGGACAAAAAAAAGAAGCAUUGAUACACAGGUCGAAGGGGCGCCAUUGUCCAAAAUUCAAAAAAUGCAAAUUCCCCAUUUUCCUGGAAAAUGGUGGUAAAUUGUGGAAAAUGCUGCAUUACGCUGAGCAAUUUUUUGGAAUAGCAUUGUUACAACAUUGUCCGAUUUAGCAAAUCUUAUGAAAUUUUGGGAAAAUGCUACAUUAUAUCUCAAAUGUAACAUUUUUGUAACAUUUCGUAACAUUGUUAUAACAUUGUCAUUAAAAUCAAAUUUUGCUUUUUUUUUGUUAAAUGUUCCAAUUUUCUUGCAAAUGGUGCAUUUUUAUGAAAAUUUCACAUUUUACCUCAAAUGUAAUAACAUUUAAUAAAAUUGUUAUAACAUUGUCAAUUAAAAUCAAAUUUUGCUUUUUUUUUGU